AUGAUAAGACACUCUACACCUAAUUUCCUGAGACAUUUGCUCCUUAGGUUCUCCAGAUAAGGAUUACAGGGAAUUUAAGUUUAUUUUUAGAAAUCUUAACUACAAACUUAGUACAUUUACGAGCUCGGUUCAGCUUAGAUUGACAUUUAUUUCAGUUAAUGGGAAUACAAUCUUGGUGGAUAUUGUGGACCUCCAAUAUAUUAACUAUAAUAUUAGGACAUUGCUUCCGCUGAUGUUGUAACUUUAAUUGAAUCAGAAAACAAAAUUUAAAUAUAUUCCUUAAACUCUAGCCAAGCAGGAAAGCAUUAUCUGAAUUUAACUGGCUAUCUCUAGCCUUAUAAAAUAAUCAAGAAAUCGGAUUAUGCUUUAUUUGAGGUUGUUGUAACAUUACCAGUAAUAAAAUAUGAUGAUUCCUUGAAUUGUUCUUCUGCUGUUAUUAAAUAUCCACCAGCUUUGCCCUCAAUAAAAUUCAUUAUUAGAUAGGAUAUUGAAAAUUAAAAACUAAAAUAUACUAUUUCAGAGUGGACAGCUAACCCUAUCAAGUGCAAAUUUGUAGAAUAUCAAGCCUCAGUCUAAGGUCGCAAGCUACCUUUUAAUGGAUUGGACAUUUCAAGUCGUUCAAGGACUAUCUCUUUAGAUGCCAUUGAAGCUAUUGAAAACAGCUUUUUUGGAAGAUAUUAACUAGAGAUAAAAGGUAUUCUUAAAAAUCAAAAAGCAUAUGCUUUUUAAGUUCCUCUAUCAAUCAUGUAUCAACCUAUUAGCUAAGAUAAUGAAGCUUUACUAGAUGAUGAGCAGUUAUAAAUUUAGCUAGAUAUUUUUUAAGAAAGUCUAGAUGAUAUAACACUUUAAGGUAUGAAAAUAAAAAAGAAAAAUCUUAAAUAGCAAUUAAGUGCCUAAAUAGUUUAAAUAGACAUGUCUGGACUAGUAACUAUUUAAUUUAAUGAAAAUCUUGUGGCAAUAAAAAAAUUGGAAUACUUUAAAAAGGCGAGAGCUCUUUAUAUAAAUUUUAAGGAUAAUACAAAUGAUAAUUAAACCCAAAAAAUAGCAACAAAUUCUUCUAGCAAUUUUAUUAAGAACUGGACAGUCAUUUCAAUGGUAAAAAAUAUAAUAAAAAUAUAGAUUAAGUGGGUAGAUCCUAUUUAAAUUUCUACUGGAAGUGUAAUAUAAAUUUGA